UGCUAUAGAUAUCCAUCGACAAGCUAUAAAAUUAUCCAAAAGUUUGCUAUCCUAUUUUGAGAUAAUGUUCUUCUGUUUAGCGCAGAUGUUUGUAGUUUCAUUGUGUUUCAACUUUGCUCGAAUUUUUCAGAUUAUAUUGACAGAGAAAGCUACUAAAGAAGCUUUAUUGCCUGUGAUAUUUGCAGCUGUUUUUAUAUUAUAUUUGUUCAUAUCAAAUUCUCUUGGGCAAAAUAUGACGGAUCACAAUAAUUACGUGUUCGCUACUGUAUACAGAGUUGAAUGGUACAUAACUCCUUUAUACAUCCAGAAAACGAUACUUUUCUUGUUGACAAAAGGCGCCAAAAAUUUCUAUCUGAAUGUCGGUGGAUUAUUUAUCCCAUCAUUAGAGUGUUUUACUACGUUGACAAAAGCUUCAGUAUCUUAUUUUACUGUCAUAUUAUCUACAUAGUGACAAGACAAAUAGUGACAAUCAAAUACGAGCAUGAGAAAACAUAUAUUCGAAGAAGAUAACAGCAUUUCUCACGUUU